AUGCACAAUGUGCAUCAACAAAAUCAGAAUACUCUUCAAUCUGUUGAUAGAUCCGGUCAGCAUUAUUCAACAACAGUCUCGUCUGUGGCAAAGUCUCUUCUCCCUAGAAAGAGGAGGCUCCGUCUUGAUCCAACCAACAAGCUCUACUUUCCCUGUAGGUGGAAUCAAGAAGAUGAUUUAAUUGAUUUGUUUGUAGUGGAUGUUAUCCUUGCUGAUUCCUUGUGGCUUAAUUUUGAUUUUGAAGAUGAACCUGGUAAGCAAGUUAGGAGUGCAAUCGCAAUUAAAAACACUUGCAAGUCUCAUGUAGCUUUUAAGGAUGAUAUAGACACUGAUACUUUUUUUCAAACAACAGCACCCAAGAGUUGUUAUAUGCGUCCUCCAGGUGGUAUUCUAGCCCCUGGUGAAAGUAUAGUUGCCACUGUAUUCAAGUUUGUGGAGCCACCGGAGAACAAUGAAAAACCACUUGAUCAGAAAAGCAAGGUUAAGUUCAAAAUCAUGAGCCUAAAAGUGCAAGGUGAAAUUGACUAUGUACCGGAACUGUUUGAUGAGCAAAGAGAGCAAGUGGCAACAGAGCAAAUUCUGCGGGUUAUUUUUGUGGACCUUGAGAGGCCUAGUCCUGUACUGGAUAAGCUCAAACGGAUGUUGGCUGAGGCUGAUGCUGUAGUUGAAGUGCGAAGAAAACCGCCGGAGGAGAAAGGUACCGGAGUUGCUGGGGAAGGUCUUGUUAUAGAUGAAUGGGGCGAAAAAGAAUGGGCCUGGGAUGAAAGGACAAAACUGCCCCUGCAGAAAACAACAAUUCUUCCUGGACCAGAGUCUCGAAAACGGACAAAGGGUGGGACCCACUAG